AUGUCAGACUGGGACAGUCGCAAAAAGGAGGAACGCAAAAUAAAAUCGUAUAUCUCUGCCAAUCCUCCAAAUGUACAAAAGUUGAAAGAACGUGUUUGGAUGGAAAACGGGCUUCUAUCGACGAGAGAGGACCCAGAUCAAAUAUUGACGUGUCCAAACUAUGAGGAAGCAAUUCGUGACUAUUCUCAAAUCAAUGUCGAUAUUCUGAGAAGUUUUGUACAUUUUGACGGGUACAAGAAAAUCACUCCCGAAUUACUGCAAUCCUAUCGAAACGAUCUCACACGUGUAAUUGUAGCUCUUCUCCACGAAGACCGUUCCCUCUACUACUACCAGGGUUUCCACGACAUCGUCGAGUUUUUGCUUCUCUUCAGCCAUUUCGACGUCCACUGGACGUACACCUUCAUGAAAUCACUCACUCGCGCCUAUCUCCGCGACUACAUGCAAUCCAACUUUGACGAAGUCGAAAAGCUUCUCCAAUGUUUGUUUCCUUUACUCUCUCUGCGAGCUCCGGAGCUCGUUCCCAUCCUUCAAAUCGCAGUACACACUCCAUUGCACUCUUUCCGAUAG